AGGACCUCAAUGGAUACCAUGAGAAUAUAAUAGUAGCACUAAAGACUGCCGCUGCCCAGCGUGCCAGCGCCGGCGCGGCGGGAGGGUCCGGGGACCUGCGCGCGCUGCAGGAGUACGAGUACAAGCGCGAGAGAGCUCCCUCCGCCGAGAAGAUCCACGAGGCCGAGCUCCGCAGACAGCGGGCUGACGACGAGGAGGACGAGGCUCCACAGUGUGGACCCAUCAGGAUCAGAAACCUGGAGGACCUGAUCCGCCAGCUCGAACACCACUCGAGCCGGCACAUGAGCCCCUCUGGCUCCGAGGAUAUCAGAAUGUCCGAGCCCGAGGCUGAUAGACAUUAUAGGAUCGAACCAGGAGAGAUGUCUUCCUCUCGUGAUUCCAGCCGCUGCCGCGGGCGUAUCGGCGGCAGUGAGGAGGAGACGCGCUUCGGCUACUCGCGCUUCCGCGGCUCGGGGCGGCACCACGGCGCCAUGUUCGCGGGCGGGGCGGCGCCGCCGGCCGCGCCGCUGCCGCCGCACGCGCCGCACGUGCCGCACGCGCCGCACGUGCCGCACGCCGCGCACUCGCCGCACGCGGCGCACGCCCGCGCCGUCCCUGACGACGACGCUCUCUAUGAGACUGCCGACGCAGAACGUCUGCGAGACGCUCCUGACAGCGAGAGUGAUGAAUUUAUUCAAGCUCAACAACAGUUAGCCCGGUGGGCGAGUGAGGAGGCGGUGAUGGCGGGCGGCGCGGCGGGCGCGGGCGGGCCGCGCGGCUACCUGCCGUCGCCCAGCAGCUCGGCCAGCUCGGCGCCCCCGCCGGCCGCCUUCCCCGAGUACACGCACUGA